GCUAUCCAAAAUACACAUACCUCUAUUGUAUUCAUCUUAGAAAUUGGUUUAUUCCUCUGCGAAAUGGCGGAUCCCUCUGGUCUGUCGACCAUAUCGUCGGGGGUCUGGAAAGGCAAUGCAAACCUCUCUGACUCCAGUGGGAUGCUUAAUUCCGUAGUAUUUUUAAAAGCGCUGCAAUUGCUGAGUUGGCGUGAUCUUGGUUCGCUUCUCGCACGACUAUCACAGCCACUGGAAAAACACCUACAUGAGAGGAAAUUGCUGCCAUCCAUUCGCCGUUGUAUAUUAUCUAUAGCCAUCACUAUCAUACACAUGCAGCAGAUAUACCCUGGGAUAUCACAGCAUACUGCACAGCAGGACCAUCUGGUGGUGCCAGUGCAUUCCAAAUUUGCGCACAAAUUGUUCAAUCUGCUGUUGCGCGCGGUUGCUGCGGUACAGAGUCAGUCACAAGCAGCGUUUCCCGCGGUUUCUCGGCAAGUGUUUAAGGCAUUGGCGAUGGUGGUGUGCGCGGAUGAAGAUGAAUCUGGAUUUUCACCUAUGGCAGUGGUUGCUGCAGUAAUGGAUGCACCCGGUAAUGGUCGAGAAAAGCGACGGAGAAUCGAAGCGACGACGGACUGCAUGACGGAUGCCAGGAAUUUCAGUUGCUUGGAUUUGUUCACCAGGACAUUUGAUGACCCCAAGUCGGCGCAUGCGCACCGGUAUAUUAUCCAGAUACUGAGAGCUCGCAGCAGUGUGGUACUUAAACAGGUCAUUAGCUUGCCAGCGACCGAUUCCGAGCCACAGUGCUUUGCCAAGGCAGUCAUUGGCCUUGGAGUAGCGAUACUGAAAUCGGACGACUCCAAUACUGAAGGCAUGUUUGCCUUGAUUCGUGACACAAUCCCGCUGACACCUACUGCCAGUGCCUCCAGCCCGGCAACUGAUCUGACUGACUCUAUUGCCCAACUUUGCUCAGCACUUGCGCAGGUAUUUGAACCCCAUGUACCUGGUAGUCUGAUCCAAUACUGCAUACAAAAAAAGCACCGGUGCUACCAGUGGGCUACCAUGUGUCGUGCCAGCACUUGGCUUGUGCGCUCAAUCGACUCGGACAGCCCGCUAGCAGCUGUAUCCAUCGCUAUUGCCCAGGGCAGCCGCCUUAGUUGGCUCCAGCUACUGGACCCGGCCGAACCUGAAGACGACUCCCAAUCAGCCAUGUGGAUGCUUUUAGUGUGUGAAUCAUUCUGCAACAUCAACCUGCAGUACCCCGAUACGUCGGGAGCGCUAGUCACGCCGCUCUACAGCUCCUCGCUGGUCACACAGUCGCGAGUAUUCUCUGCAGUUGCAAUGGUGCUUGGAAAGAUCGGGCCUAUGCUUCUUCGGCUGGUGCAGCAGCGGGGCACGGUGCUGUUUGUUUCGCGGCUCCUCAAGUCCUGUAGUCAUACUAUCCGUAUUAUUCCGAAAUCCGGGUCAUCGAUGGGACUGUUUGCACCAUACGGAACAGGUAUUUUUUAUGGCCAGCAGUUCGAUCCCAAGUUUGAUUCUCUAGGUGGGUUUAUAUUUCGGCCACCGGGACCGGUGGCAAAUGCUGCUGAGGCAGGCAAACCGAAGCUGAUGCCGACAGACAUGGAGGAGCAGCAGCGGGAGGCACUGGAGGAGUCUGAGACCGAGGGUACGCUUGCCAAAGUGUUUGCUGCAAUUAGCUUGCUCGCAACCUCAGUUGCAGAUGCCGACGAUUCUACUCGGCCACUGGUGGUAUCGGCAUUGCAGAUAGCACUGGACUGGAUCCACUCGUUUGCAGUUGCUGCGCGGCUGAAUGCACAUCGACAAGAGCACAUUCUGAAGAACCAAGCGCCGGUCAAGAUCAGGGUGGUCGGCGAGCAUGCACGGCCCCAUCGAUCAGCGACCGACUGGACUCGCUUGCAGCGGGUGCCAGUAGUACAUAUCGGCGAAAGCACAUGCAAGGAUGCAGUAGCUGUGGUUGUUUGCCUGAUGGCGGCGAUAUCAGGCUGGCUGAUUGUCGACGACUAUGAGCUGAUACUGAAGAGAUGCCUGGUGGUGACCAGCCCAGCAGCUAUCGAGGCAGCCCGCACACUACAUGCGCAUCUGGGAGCCGAUCAUUUUUGGCGACUGUCGCUGUCUGCAAUGCAAGCACUAGGGAGCAUUCUAGGGGUGCCCGCAUACCUCUCUGCCAGCGACCUGGGUCACAUUCGAUUGCCACAGCUGCACAUUCGUGAACGUAGCCCCCGGUCAUCAGAGACCCUGAUGAUCGAGGCACUGGACACUGGGGUUGGAAAGCUUUUGCUUGACCCGCAUGUUCUGGAGCGCUUCGUCGAGUGUACUCGCAGCGGCCAGAUACUGGACAAGCCAGAGGCUGUGCGCAUGUCGCAGAUCUGGCUCGACAUGAUCGGUACUGCGUUCAGUCACAGCCUUCUGCGUUCGCGCUUAGGCUGCUUGGUGGCCACAGCUGCGUCGGAUCCUACGAGACUGGAGUUUGAGUUCUGGUGGCUGCUCGCGCUGGCUGCCAGCGUGCGCUGUCUAGUCGAUCUUGCAAGCGACCCUGCAGUUCCUGCCGGCCAGCUGCGGAUGGCCAGCAUUCUGCUCGCACACCUGACAUCCUGGUAUUCAACACUCCGAGCCGACACGGACACUAUGCGGCACCUCAUCAAACAGCCGUUCCCAGAAGUCCUUGGCAGUUCCCCGGGCUUCAACAAACUGACUGGCUGGCUGCGCUCCUUCAGGCACCCAGAUCGACCGAGUCCCAUGGUCAAUAUCGUCUACUUGCUUGCGUGCAAGCUGCCACUCUCAGUCGAGCUGCUCAGGCGCGACACAGAAGACAGCGAUAUAGGUACUGCGCGCGUUAGCAGAGAUAUCUAUGGAAUUGCCAAUGACUCGGUGCUGUUUCUCCGUCGCAUGCUCAACCACCAUGUAUUCAGCAGCGAUUUCACGCACCCGAGAUUGAUCGCCGAGUAUGCCACGAGUCUGCGGUGCUGGCUAACCAGUAGCAACCUACCACAGAGGUUUUCUGAUGCCAUGAAGGCAUUGGUCAGCAUGGCUGAUAGCACAGUGGUGUUUGCCGAGGACGAGGCAGACUUGGUUGCAAUUCCCGACAUGGACAGCGAGAAUGUGGGUGGUGAGGACGAUCUGGUUGGCCAGCUGCUGCGAGACUCGACACAACCGAACACGGGCGCCACAAGGAAGCGCCCGAUUCAUGAGUACUAUACCGACCAGAUACUCGGGUGGCUGUGGACUCAAUAUGCAGGGAGCCUGAGGGGCCUUGCUGUCCCAAUGGUAUUCGGUCCGCGGGCCAGCACGGCAGGCUACACUGCUCUGGCCUCUGGAACCGAUCCCACGCACGAUGACCAAGCGGUGCUGACGAAUCUUGCUGGCAAGCUGGUAUCACUCAGAUCGCUAUACUCGCAGUUCAUGCCCUACCGGCACUAUAUCGAAGCUGGGUGCUCUUUGGUGUGUGAUGAUAUUGCGGCGUAUGUUCCGAUCCAUAUGCCCUGUUCAGCCACUGCCUCAGCCACUGCCUCAGCCACUGCCCCCAGGAACGGCGGCAGCCAAUCGGCAAGCCUGCUGGAUACCUGCGAAUUCGCAGCACUUGUUCUCCCCGACAUCGCUGACAGCAGGCAGGACGACAAUCUCGACAAUCUGGCAGACACUGUAGAGGCCGUGGCGCGCACGCUUCUUGCUGGCACGUUUGACGGCAGCAGGCAGCAGCGCGAGCGGUGUGCGGGCGCGCUAAGCUUCUUUGUCUGGCGCCAGCGCCGUACAAUCCUGGCGAAUCUGAGCACGAACCUCGAAGUUCUGGAGCGCAACAUGGGUGCCGAGCUCAGCGCGAUGCGGCCGCAUAUACCGCAGCUGGCUGCUGUUGUCGCCAGCACGGGUGCCGAUUCAAACACAAUCCGGUUGUGUGGGGACGAUUCAGACAGCACGGACAAUUCGGUCGUGACGUCUCUGCAGCUUCUGACGACGGCGUCGCCGGUUUUCGACGCAAUGCUCAUGGGAAGCUUUGCCGAGUCACAGAAAACAAGCGACGGCAUACGGUGCGUGCAGCUGCAGUGCGGCGCCCAUCCGUUGGUGUCCCUGUUUAGGAUAUUCCACCUGAUGGUUCUCUCAGCGAAAACGACGCAGUUGCGUAUUCUGCUUGGCCAAAUGUCGUCGGUGCUCAGCAAACAAUAUCCGACUGACGGGCUGGUCCAGGUGCUGGAUCUGGCAAAUUACUAUGCGGUGCGGCCUGUGGUCUCGCUGCUGCUGUGGUUCUUUGCUGACCGUGUCCAGGCGCUGCAGCUUCCCACAGGCUCUGCCUUGGAGGCUCUGGCGAGCAUGGUUGCUGACAAUUGGAGUGCGUACUAUUUCGACCAGUCCGUUGCAAUGGCCUGUCGCAAACCGUUGGUGGCGCUGGUCUUGUUCAGCCUUGACAGCGAUACCGCAGCGCAACUGGCCGGUGCUGUCACCAGCGAAGGCGCACAGAGCCUUACUGACGCUUCAGUUCACCUCUUGACAAGAAAGAAAGCGUCACAGCUGCACUAUACCAGGGACUCAGACACUAGCAAAGAAUGCCCCUAGGAUAAAGAAAUAAACGGGAUGCUUCCCAUUUUCGCUGGUGGUGCUUGUGGAUAUUGUUUUUUCCUCGCCAAGAGGCUUUAUGUGACCAGCACGACCCACCCAGUGCAGUGUCAAUGCACUAUAUCCCAACUUGUGCACUGCUGCAACUUUGGUGGCGCGCACACGGAAAGUACCCGGAGAAGUCAGCGGGGCGGGCCAGAAAUUAGCGAAUAUGAUAAAUGCGGAGGUCAGAUGCGGGCUCACUGACAGCACAAAGGCUUCCAUUCAAGGAUGCUUUUUUCUUCGUCAAAGCCGCACCAUGCUCAAAGAGCUUCGCUUCCUUGUAUUUCGCUUGGACGCUGAGAAAUAUGGAGAAUAGCACGAUGGCUGGC